GAGCGGCGGGGGCAGCGGGCGGGCGCGGCGACCCGGGCCUGGGCGGGGAUCGGGGCAGCGACCGAAGCAGCGGCAGCGCCCCGGGCCCGCCGCCCCCUCCCCUCGGGCGGGGGGAACCGCUGCAUGGGGCCGGGGGGGCGGCCCUGCUGCGCGGAGCGGCGGCGGCGGCGGACCCCCCAGGCGGGCUGGGGCUGAGCCCGGGGCCGGGGCGGGGGCUCCGGGGGGACCAUGCCCGGAGGCCGGCCGGCCGCAGCAUGGCUCACGGGCCCGGCGCGCUGAUGCUCAAGUGCGUGGUGGUCGGCGACGGGGCGGUGGGCAAGACGUGCCUACUCAUGAGCUAUGCCAACGACGCCUUCCCGGAGGAGUACGUGCCCACCGUCUUCGACCACUACGCAGUCAGCGUCACCGUAGGGGGCAAGCAGUACCUCCUGGGACUCUAUGACACGGCCGGACAGGAAGACUAUGAUCGUCUGAGGCCUUUAUCUUAUCCAAUGACUGACGUCUUCCUUAUAUGCUUCUCUGUGGUAAAUCCAGCCUCAUUUCAAAAUGUGAAAGAGGAGUGGGUACCAGAACUUAAGGAAUAUGCACCAAAUGUACCCUUUUUAUUGAUAGGAACUCAGAUUGAUCUCCGAGAUGACCCCAAAACUUUAGCAAGACUGAAUGAUAUGAAAGAAAAACCUAUAUGUAUGGAACAAGGACAGAAACUAGCAAAAGAGAUAGGAGCGUGCUGCUAUGUGGAAUGUUCAGCUUUAACGCAGAAGGGAUUGAAGACUGUUUUUGAUGAGGCUAUCAUAGCCAUUUUAACUCCAAAGAAACACACAGUAAAAAAAAGAAUAGGAUCAAGAUGUAUAAACUGUUGUUUGAUUACGUGAGAAACAUCUUCAGUGGCCAAGGAAACUGUCCAUUUCUCUCAGAAAGCAUAUGAAAUGCUACAGCUAUACCCAGACCUCUUAGAAAUAAUGAAGCAGUUUAAAACUUGAAAGGAAAAACAAAACCAACCAUGUCCUCAGAAUUGUAUAAAGUUCAUUAAGAAUGUUUCUUAAAGGUCCAAGAAGCAGCAAAACGCAUCUGAAGCCACAGUCUAAUAUAAAUACUUUAUUUCCACUAGAAGGUACAAUCUCUCAGGGGUUUCAUAGUUUAAAAAGCUACAAUCACAUCAUGUUGUAACUAUAUAAAAAACAGUGCUGUAAAUGGAACUGCC